AAAGUGACUUACUUUACAUCUUCUUUAUCUAUUUCAUCUUAAAUUGGUGCAUAUUUGAAAUAAAAAUAACAUUGUUUUGUGCAUACAAUUUGUCUCAAGUGUGUGUACUUUACUACCCAGACUUUGUGGAAGGUCACACUGUUGCCGUAAAAUCAAUCGUAUAACGUAACAGUCGAUUAUGAGCGUUGAUCAAACAAACCAGCAACAACAUAAAAAACCUAGCAUGUCAGUACUUGAACAAUUGAAAGCAGUUACAACUAUUGUAGCUGAUACUGGAGAUUUUGAAGCUAUUAAAGAGUUUCGUCCAACUGAUGCAACAACGAAUCCAUCUCUUAUUCUUGCUGCUUCUAAAAUCGAAAAAUAUUCCAAGGUCAUAGAUCAAGCUGUUGACUAUGCCAAAAGUAUUCAUGCUAACAAUGCUAAUGAUCAGGUGACCGAAGCUGUCGAUAGACUUUUUGUUCUGUUUGGAUAUGAAAUUCUCAAAGUAAUUCCUGGAAGAGUUUCAACUGAAGUCGAUGCCAGACUUUCCUUUGAUCGCGAUGCAUCCAUUAAAAAGGCUAUCAAAUUUGUUGAAAUGUACGAGAAAUUGGGAAUUUCACGUGAUCGCAUUUUAAUUAAAUUGGCAUCUACAUGGGAAGGCAUUGAAGCUGCGAGAAUCCUUGAGAAAGAUCACAACAUUCACUGCAACUUGACAUUGCUGUUUAGCUUUGCUCAAGCAGUUGCAUGUGCUGAAGCUGGAGUUACAUUAAUUUCUCCUUUUGUUGGGAGAAUUCUUGAUUGGCAUAAGAAGAACAAUCCUGGAACAUCUUACGAUGGUGCUGCUGAUCCUGGAGUCAUUUCUGUUACUGGAAUUUAUAAUUAUUACAAAAAGUUCGGUUACAAGACUGUUGUGAUGGGCGCUUCGUUCCGAAACACUGGAGAGAUUAAAGAACUUGCUGGUUGUGACUUAUUAACAAUAAGUCCAGCACUUUUAAAAGAGUUGGACUCUUCCAACGACAACAUUUCUAUUAAAUUAACAUCUGAAAAUGCUCGUAACUCAAACGUUGAAAAAAUCUCAAUGAAUGAGAAAGUUUUCCGUUGGAUGCUGAAUGAAGAUCAGAUGGCAACUGAAAAGCUGUCUGAAGGAAUCAGAAAUUUUGCAGCGGACUCAAAGAAGCUCGAAACUUUGCUGAAAGAAAGAAUUGCUGGAAAGAAUUUUUUUCAUGUUUUAGUAUCAAAAUCAUCUCAAGAUGAAUAUCAAUCUGUUUACUUAUCAAUAAAUCCAAUCAAUCAUAAUGUAGAAGUGAAUUGGUUCAACAUGGAUGUAAAUAUCACACAACCAACAGUAUUGAUAACGAAUGCUGCUGUAAUCAACGCAUCUGUUGAAGCAGAUCAAGGAAAAAAUCGUUGGGUGUUCAAUAAUGACGCAAAGCUGUUAUUUGAAAGUAUUCUGAAGACGUCUAAUGGACGACUUUCAACGGGCAUAUCUCAUGAUUUUACCCAGCAUCGACGCUUAGAUUACAGUACAGGUUGUUAUAAUUUUUGGUGGACAUUGAUAUCAGAUGGAGUGAUCGUUAAGAGUGGAUGUACACGCACAAACGCAUUUUGGAUGCAAGAUUAUCGUGAUCAAUUUGGGGACCGGAAAUUUCGUCAGCUUUUCAUUCCUGGAACUCACGACUCUGCGUCAUAUAAAUAUAAUUUUGACCCUAAUCAAAUGGAGACACUCGUAACACGUUAUUCUCUGACUCAAGAUGACGACAUUUUAUCUCAACUUAUUCAUGGAAUUCGCUAUCUUGAUUUAAGGAUCGGUUACUAUCGUUCAAACAGUGACAAAUUUUGGGCGAAUCAUGGCAUAUCACGACUUCAUCCACUGACUGAUAUAUUGAAUUUAGUGAAAGAAUUUGUUGAUGCUACAAAUGAAAUUGUGAUUUUAGAUUUUCAAGAGUUCCCUGUUGGAUUUGGGCGUGGAAUUGAUGUGCAUAAGCAAUUUGCUUUCUUUUUAUUCCAACAACUUGAACAUUACGCAGUGGACCCAGAACUAACGUGGGAUGCAAGUUUAAAUGACAUUUGGAAAACUGGAAAAAGAAUUAUAAUUGCUUACGAUUAUCAUCGUCUGGUGCAAACUGAAAAUCUUGGCAUUCUCUGGUACAGUGUUAGACAACGUUGGGGAAAAGUCAAAGAUGGACCCACACAAUUGGUAAACUUCUUAGAGCAAUCGAGAUUGAAUGCAUCAAAAGAAUUUCAAACAUCCCGACCGUUUGCUGAGAUGGCAGAACUCACACCAGAAGCUGUCGACGUACUUACAAAUCGAUAUGGCGGAUUACGAUCUAUGGCUGAUCUCGUAAAUUGGCAUGUAUCGAAGCUUUACAAUGGCAACUUUGGAGCUGGUGCGAAUGUUGUUGCUGUUGAUUUUUAUCGCUCUACUAACAUUGUGGAUAUAGCAAUAAAAUGGAACCAGAAAAAGUUUCCAAAGAAUUAA